AGAGCUGGGCCUGCUGGAUGUCGCACUCCAACGCCAUGAUGCAUCCAGCACCGCACACACGGCACGGAAGCCGAGAGGCGAGCGUCUCCGCUUUCCACUUCCCCAGAUCCCGCCGGUUCUAUGGCCCGCGCGCUCACGCUCGCACUCGCACUCGCACUCGUCCUGCCUGCGCUGCGCCCGUUUCCAUUCCUACCGCCGCCGCCUCGAUACUUACGCCUGCUGCUCUGCCGCUGCCGCUGCGCCCACGACGCCCGCGCCCUCUCCACCACGUACACACCCUCUCUCUCCCCCUCGCCCGCGCCCCUCCAGCCCUACGCGCGCCCGUCUGCUCCCCGGCCGUGGAACCUGGUCUCAUGUCGUCGCCGGCCAGCUAGCAUACCGUGCCUUGUCAACAGCUAGCCAGGGACUUCUCCACCUCUGCCGACUGCAGCCCAGCAACCCGUGUCAGCUUGCACUGCAGCAGCAAUGUUUGUGCUACCCCCUCCGCCGCGGUAUCCUGUCGGAGGCUACCCAGGCGCGCACCCGGGUCAGCUUAUCGAGACAAACAACAGCAUCAGCCAUCCCUCGGGCCCCGACUACCAGCUGGUUGCGGGCGAAGGUACCUACGUGCUCCGCGACGACCUCCACCUAGCCACGCCGCCGCCGCACCCGUCGGAAGCCCCCGUCCACAACCCCAAUCCCCUCGCGACCACCGUCUCGCCCCCCACGGCCGGCACCAAGCUCUCGCUCGUCGCCCUUGCGCCCCGCCAGCCCUCGCAAUCGCAGCUGCACCGGUUCGGCACGCGCGCGAGCACGCGCUCCCAAGUCCCGCCAAGCAUCCAGGAAUCGCCGCACGAGACCAACAGCCAGGCAAGCGAUGUCGGCUCUCACGGCGCCAAUGGCUUCGCGGCCUCGCCCUUGGACGGCCUCAGGACACCCGUGUUCGGCGAAGGAAACGCGGCGCUGGCUCCGGUGGCAGGCAAGGACUCCAAGGACCCGUCCAAGCGGCGCAAGCCCAAGAGCAACAUUGUCAAGAGCAACUCGUCGUUUGUGUCGCGAGUGAUACCGCACGAGGCGCUGACAAAGCGGCUGCAGGAGCACAAUGUCAACGGCCUGUAUGCCUUUGCCAACAUCAACCGCGCAUUCCAGUGGCUUGACUUGACGUCGCCCACCAAGGAAGAACACCUGACCAAGAUCCUCUUCACCAAGGCGCAUGCUCUGUGUCACGACAUCAACCAGAUCACAAAGGGUCCCAACCACCUUGACAUCAUCAUUGGCUUCUCGACGGGUGACAUGAUAUGGUACGAGCCCAUGUCGCAGAAAUAUGCGCGCAUCAACAAAAACGGCGUCAUCAAUGCCACGGCCGUGUCCGACAUUCGGUGGCUGCCGAAUAGCGAGAAUCUAUUUUUGGCCGCGCACAUGGACGGCAGUCUGGUCGUGUACGACAAGGAAAAAGAGGACGCAGUGUUUGUGCCCGAGGAAGUCACGUCGCCGUCAGACGACGGCUUGAGCGACGGCGAAAAGAAGCUCAAGGCGCUGCUGACGAUCAAAAAGUCUGUCCAGUCAAGGAACCAGAAGACGAACCCCGUGUCGUACUGGCAGGUGUCGAGGUCCAAGGUCAAUGCGUUUGAGUUUUCGCCCGACCGCCGCCAUCUGGCGGUAGUAUCCGAGGACGGGUCUUUUCGCAUCAUGGACUUUCUGCGGGAGAAGCUGCUGCACCAUUACAUGAGUUAUUAUGGGGGCAUGAUGUGCGUGUGCUGGUCGCCUGACGGGCGAUACAUUGUCACGGGCGGGCAGGACGAUCUUGUGUCGAUAUGGUCGCUGGAGGACAGCAUGCUGGUUGCGCGGUGCCAGGGACACAACUCGUGGGUGACGGCCGUGCAGUUUGACCCGUGGCGUUGUGACGAGCGCAACUACCGCAUUGGCAGUGUGGGCGAAGACUGUCGUUUAUUGCUAUGGGACUUUAGUGUGGGCAUGCUGCACAGGCCGCGAGCGGCUUCGGUGCGACACCGCGGAAGCAUCGCGUCGUCAAACGUCAAGAUGCAACGGUCCCAAACGGGCGGCGGAGGGUCUGUCAACCGGCUGCGCUCAAACUCCAACCUCACGUCGGGGAGUCUGUCGGAGGACGAGGACGUGGUGCAUGCCGUGGAGCCGCGGGCACGGACGGCCAUGCUGCCUCCGGUUCUGGUGAGUCUGGUGGUGGUGGUGAAACCUCAACAGAGAAAUUUUCUAACCGCCAUUGGUGGGCAGGCCAAGACGGUACACGAGCAUCCACUGUGCUGGCUGGGGUUUGAAGAGGAGUGCAUCCUCACAUCAUGCAAGAAUGGCCACAUUCGGACUUGGGACCGGCCCAAAGAGGGUGCUGCGAACGACGAUAGCAGCACGUCUGGGAUUGCGAGCGCGAAUGGAUCCUAGGCGGUUGGCCGCGGUGGUAGUGGCGGUGGAUACUUGGCUUGGAUCGGAGGCUUGGGCAGGUCGGACGUUUGGGCGCAGUCCGAUAUGACCCGAUGUCUGAGCUUGCACGACACGGGAGAGGCGUCAGAGGAUUUGCUUGUUCAGCCUUAUGGAAGGGAUAUUUUGCAUGUGUGUCUGCGUGUGUGUGUGUAUGUGGGUGGGUGGGUGGAGCGGUGUUCCAGAACGGUUUGUAGCAGGGCUCUGGCCCCACGGAGCCAAAGCAUGCAGACGUGUGCAUAUGGGCCGG